CCCCCAUAUUUCAAAUUUCAAAUUAUUUGCUGGGACAAGCUGACCUCUCUUCUCUCCUUUCCAUCUCUCGCUGCUGUAGUGCUAACUCCUCGGAAUUUCUCUUUCUCCGCCCAAAUAUACAGUCUUGAAAUAUCUCCGAGAUGUCAACUCCUCAAAAUGAUCCGCUUCAGCAAAUGGAAACAACAUGUGGGUUGUUGCUGCAUGAACUGCAGAUUAUAUGGGAUGAAGUUGGGGAGUGUGAUACUGAGAGGGACAAAAUGCUAUUUGAGAUUGAACGAGAAUGCUUGGAAGUGUAUAGAAGAAAAGUAGAUCAAGCUAACAGGAGCAGGGCUCAGCUAAGGCAGGCUAUUGCUGAUUCAGAAGCGGAGCUUGCAGCUAUCUGUUCUGCUAUGGGGGAGCGCCCCGUGCACAUUAAGCAGUCUGAUCAGAACAAAGGAGGUUUGAAGAUGGAACUUAGAGCCAUUGUUCCAGCACUAGAGGAGAUGCAGAAGAGGAAAUCUGACAGAAAGAAUCAAUUCAUUGAAGUUGCGGAGCAGAUACAUAAGAUUAAGAAUGAAAUCUUUAGGUUUACUUCUACAAGCAUGGUUGUGGAUGAAAGUGAUUUAUCAUUACGAAAGCUCGAAGAAUUGCAUACAGAACUGCAUUCACUUCAAAAAGAAAAGAGUGAACGCUUGAAGCAGGUUCUGGAUCACCUAGGUACUUUGAACUCACUAUGCUCGGUUCUUGGCAUGGAUUUCAAACAUACUAUAAGUGAGGUGGAUCCAAGUCUAGGCGAAUCAGAAGAAAUUAAGAACAUUAGUAAUGAUACCAUACAAAAUUUAGCAGCUGCAAUACAAAGACUACAAGAAGUUAAGUUACAAAGGAUGCAGCAGCUACAAGAUCUUACUACAUCCAUGUUGGAACUAUGGAAUUUGAUGGAUACACCCAUUGAAGAACAAAAGAUAUUUCAGAAUGUUACUUGUAAGAUAGCUGCCAAAGAGCAUGAGAUAACAGAGCCUGACAUGUUGUCUGUGGAAUUCAUUGCUCAUGUUGAGGGAGAAGUGUCCCGUUUGGAAGAACUGAAAGCAAGCAAAUUGAAGGAGCUUGUUUUGAAGAAGAGGUCAGAACUAGAGGAGAUCUAUAGGAAAACACAUAUUGUUGCUGAUUCAGACAGCGCAAUGAGUAUAGCCAUUGAGGCUAUUGAAUCUGGAGCUGUCAAUGCUGCUUCUGUCCUUGAGCAAAUUGAGCUCCAAAUAGCUCAAGCUAAAGAGGAAGCUUUUAGCAGAAAAGACAUUCUAGACAAAGUCGAGAAAUGGAUUGCUGCAUGUGAGGAGGAGUGUUGGCUUGAGGAGUAUAACAGGGAUGAAAACCGCUACAAUGCUGGACGAGGCACCCACCUUACUCUGAAGCGUGCUGAGAAAGCUCGUGCCUUGGUUAAUAAGAUUCCAGCAAUGGUGGAGGCAUUGGCAUCAAAAACAAAAGCAUGGGAGAAUGAAAGAGGAACUAUAUUCACUUAUGAUGGUAUUCGUGUUCUCUCUAUGCUUGAAGAGUAUAUCUAUCUUGCGGGAAGAAAGGAGCUAGAACGUAAGAGGCAGAGGGUAUGA